CAUACCCAAAAGUGACCUGGGACCCACGAUCGCUGCACACGUGAGUUGCCAAUGCUUUCUCCUUGACACUUCAGGAUGCCGAGCGCGAGCUUGGUGAGGCGACUAGAGGAGCCCGACAUCGAGGUGGUGAGCUGCCACGCGCUGUCAGCGGACGAGCAGCUUUUGGCCCUUUGUCCCAACUCAGAGGACAUUGUCAUCUUCCGACUGGUAUCUGAGAAGUACCAGCGUGUGGCAGUGCUUUCCAAGCACUCUCAAAGAGUUUCAGGCCUCGACUGGUCUUGCCACGGCCGGCUGCUCUCCGUCUCCGAGGAUCGCACGGCUUUCGUUUGGGAACAAGAUAGCCAGGGUACGUGGAGGUCUUCGAAUGUGGAGUUGAAGGCUCCUCGCGCGGCCCUGUGCGCCGCCUGGGCCCCGGACGGCGAGCGCUUCGCCGUGGGCUUGUCCUCCAAAGAUACUGCGCUCUGUCACUGGGAGCCCGAGGUGAGCUGCUGGGUCGCCUGGAAGGUGGGCAAGAGCAAGGCGGCCAUCACCGCAGUCGCCUGGCAUUCCUCCUCCCAGUACUUGGCAACAGGCUCCACAGACCGCCACUGCAUGGUCUAUGACGUUUCCCUGGCGGAGGAGGGCCGCUCGCCGAGCUUCGGCACACCUCAGGUAACGGAAGAUGCCGCCGCAUGGAUUAACGCCAUCGCGUUCAGCAACGGCAACGUUCUGGCCUUUGCCUGUCAGGACGCCACUCUCCGGUUCAAGGCCCUCAGCGGAGGCCGCGAUGCGCCGGUGCAGCUGCUGAGGUGGCGGGGCCUGCCUUUUUUGUGCCUGGCCUUCGUUGGACGCUCCCAGUUGGUGGCCUGUGGCUUUGACUAUGUGCCGGUGCUCUUUCUCCAGAACGAGGGCACCUGGCAGGUUGCUGGCAGCCUGGACGCUGGCCCCGCAACACCCAGUGCGGCUUCGGGCAUGCGGGACUCCUUCGAUGAAGCACGGAAGCGCUUUCGCGGCAGCACCUCCGGCAAGGUGGAUGCCACUUCGAGCUGGCACAGCAAUACCAUCACUUCCUGCUGUCCGCUGGGGGACGGGCGCUUCUCCACCUCGGCGCUGGAUGGCACCGUCCUGGUGUGGGAAGUGAGCUGAGAGUGACGCCAUUCGGCCGGGUUGAUGGCGAGCAGCUUUGCCCAUGGCGGUCUUGGAGGGCAACUUGUGCCUUCCAAUUGUCUAAGAUUGUUUUUUCCCCCUGUU